UCGCGAAAUGCUUGCGAACUAAACGUAAACAACAUUCAUCUGCCGGAUCGAUUGGACGUAUUGGUUGUAAUAUUAUUGUUGAAUUCAAUUUCCUUUUUUCCUCCGAGAAAAUCCAACGAAAUGCUACCAAAUAGCAUUUUGAAGGGAAGUUUAUAAAUAAAACAACAAUGUAUGCCAACUGUGUUAAAUAAAACCAACAGUAUUAUUGUAUGUGAUCGCCAGAAGCCUAAAAAUGUUUCCAUAAAUAUUUGUUGGUAUUAGUAAGAUAGUUGAAAUUUUAAAUCAUUUUAUUUUAUGAAGACUUAAAUGAAAUCCGUUGAAAUGUAGUAUUUCAUUUUCUUCUAACGGUUUGUUACGUAACGAGUUCCUGUAGUUUCAUGUCGGCUACGGAUGGUUGCGUCAUAUUUUGGCGCUUGUUUCAGCAUUUGCAUAAACGGAUUUUGCAUUAUAUGAUCUGGCUUACUGAUUUUGAUGAUUUUGAGUUGCCGUAAUUCAUAUUUAUAAAAAGUUAACGCAGAAUAUUUUAAGAUUCUAAAUUACUUAAUGUAAUAAUAUCAAUUUUUUUUAAAUUGGAGAAUAUCGAAAUUUGUUAGUACUAAUACUCAUACUUCAUUUGAGAAAUAAAUUAAUAUGAAGUUGUAUAAAAGUUUUUUAUUAUAAACAAGGUGAUUUCCUACUAAUGAACUCUUAUAUAGAAUAUGCUAGGCUGUAACAUUCAUAUAACUUUGAUUAUGUGACAUUUGCUCCAUUUUUUUGAACAUUAAUGGAUAAAAAAGAUACUUAUAUUCUUUUUCUUGUAUUGUGAGAAGGCAUAUUAAAAAUAAAGCUAUAUAUUUAUUUUGUAUGAUUUAAUAGUUGAAAGCUUCAAAUUUAUAAUAAAUACUUGUGGAAUUUUUACAUUUCUUAAGUUAAAAUAAUUUGUUGCAGCUGAGCACUGAUUAGUUUUGAAAUGAAACAGAAUUUGUAAAGUAAUUUAUGGUUGUGAAAUACUUUGAAGAUAUUUAUAUAUGUCAAGUGAAGUACAAUACUAUUUUGGAUUUCAAAAUAUAUUAAAUAUGUUACGAAGAGUUUUACAAUUAGGAAGAAAGUUUCAAAAAAAUAUAUUGCCAUUAUCAUUUCAUAAUGAAGCUAGUCCUGUUAAAAUUGAAAAGAAGAAACCUGUGAAAUCUGUCUUUAAGACAAGUGAUGAACCUCUCUUGCGAGAAAAUCCUAGGAGGUUUGUUAUAUUUCCUAUUGAGUAUGAAGACAUUUGGCAAAUGUACAAGAAAGCAGAAGCUUCAUUUUGGACAGCUGAAGAAGUUGACUUGUCUAAAGAUAUUCUAGACUGGGAAAAGCUAAAAGCGGAAGAAAAACAUUUCGUCUCCCAUAUCUUGGCAUUUUUUGCUGCUAGUGAUGGAAUUGUGAACGAAAACUUGGUUGAGAGGUUUAGUCAAGAAGUUCAGGUUACUGAAGCAAGGUGCUUUUAUGGUUUUCAAAUAGCUAUUGAAAAUGUUCAUUCUGAAAUGUAUAGUCUUCUCAUAGAUACCUAUAUUAAAGAUAAAGCUGAAAGAGAAAAACUAUUUAAUGCCAUUGAAACACUUCCCUGUGUGAAAAGGAAGGCUGACUGGGCAUUGAACUGGAUCAGCUCAGAAAAUGCAUCUUUUGGGGAAAGAGUAGUUGCAUUUGCUGCUGUGGAAGGGAUAUUCUUUUCUGGUUCUUUCGCCUCCAUCUUCUGGCUGAAGAAGAGAGGGCUGAUGCCUGGUUUGACAUUCAGCAAUGAGCUGAUCAGUAGGGACGAGGGCUUGCACACUGACUUUGCCUGCCUCAUGUUUAGUCAUAUAAAGAACAAACCAUCUGAAAAGAGAAUUGUUCAAAUCAUCUCUGAUGCUGUUAAAAUUGAGCAAGAAUUCUUAACAGAUGCCCUGCCCGUGGCUUUAAUAGGAAUGAAUGAAACACUUAUGAAGCAAUAUAUUGAGUUUGUUGCUGAUAGGUUGCUAGUUGAAUUGGGAUGCGAAAAGAUCUACAAUGUAGAAAAUCCCUUUGAUUUUAUGGAACACAUAAGCCUCGAGGGAAAAACAAACUUUUUUGAGAAGAAAGUUGGUGAAUAUCAAAAAUGUGGAGUCAUGUCCAAGAAAGAGGAGCGUUGCUUCACUUUGGAUGCAGAUUUUUGAUCACUUUGAAAUUGCUUCUCUCUCCCCACCUUUUAACUUAUGAACUAACUUGUAUAAAUAUUAUUUAUAUUUGAUGUCAUCUGUGCUUUUAUUAUCUGGCAAUUGUGAUAUUUCAUAUGCAUCAACAAUCUCAUUAAUGAAUGAGAAAGUAUCAUGAAUGAAAUUUUGCUGUAAUCAAUAAAAUUUAUUUUAGACUUUA